AUGCCUCCACGACCAGAGGGUCGAUUCAUCUGCCUACCUCAUGACGGCUUAGUCGAGAGGGACCAAAUCUUCGACGAUCAACAUGGCACACAAGGGGUUAGCGGUUCCCAAAAUGCACCGCCACCGCAAGCCGCGUCACCCGCACCUCCCCCGCCACCAACCAUGGAUCGAAUGGACCAAAUGUUGCUCCUUAUGCAACAACAACAACAAAUGAUGGCCACUAAGCUCGUCUCAUAUCUCUUUGAGAAGGAGGCGGACCUGUGGUGGGAGAGUGUCCUCCGAUCCAUUCCCGAGAACCACAUAUGGACGUGGGAGGCAUUCGAGGCCCGCUUUAAUGAGAAAUAUAUCCCUCAAUCGUAUCAGCAUGAGAGGGAGAAUGAAUUUCUCCGCCUCCAACAAGGGGGGAUGAGCGUGGCCCAAUAUGAGAACCACUUUACGGAACUCUCCCGCUACGCUUCCGAAAUGAUCACCAACGAAGCAAUCAAGAUGAGACGGUUCAGGGCAGGGUUGAGGAGUGGUAUCCACUCCAAGACGUGUUGUGCCAGCAUCAGAACAUAUGCCGAGCUCGUCAGGAUGUCGAUACGGGCGGAACAGGAUGAAGAGCGGGUCGCACGGAACCGUUCACAGCUAGGGCCACGAAACAGGAUAGAGGGACCGUCCUCCUCUUUUGCAGGGAAAAGGGCGCGUCCUAGCUCACCACCCCGACUAGCCGCCACACCAGCUCCUUCUGCACGACCGGCCCAGAUAUGUACUUAUUAUAGGAGAGCGGGACACCCUGAGCCCUACUGUUUUAUGAGGAUGAGAGACCUCGGCUUCACACCGCCACAGCGCAACAUUAGGCCCCCGCAGCAGGCCUUGCAGAUUCCGCCCCUACGGGCAAUGGGGCCUAGCCAGCAGUCUCGUCGUCCACCACCACCUCAGGUUAGGCCGCCACAACGGCCCAUGCAGCGGCCGAACUUUCCACAGCAGGCUCGGGUGCAUGCCCUAGCGGUGGAGGGCCAAGAUGUGGCAGUCCCUACUCCUACGGCCUUUGAGGUGACGGCCCACAUUCAAGGUACUCCCAUAUUCCUUUUGGUGGACAUCGAGUCCACUGCUUCUCUUAUAUCUCAUGCAACCGUCAAGCAUCUGGGGCUACGCCUUAGCCCCUUCGUGGGGGUAAAGAUCAUUGCAACCGCCGGUACUUUCUCAGAAGUGACGAAGAUAUGCCAUGAUUGCCUCAUCAACUUGGGAUGCAAGGUGGUACAUGUGGAUUUGAUAGAGACCAAAAUCUUCCAUUAUGACGUCAUCCUGGGCAUGGACUGGUUGAGAGUGAUGAAAGCAAAAAUCGAUUGCGAUACAAUGAUAGUGAAGAGACACGAGGACGACGGCACUUCCCUUACAUUUUCGGUCUAG